AUGCGAAGCUUCAGUUGCGUGGAUGCGAGCGUCGGUCUCUCUGAUCAAGGCGAAAAAUCAUGCAAUCCUACAACAUAUCGAAGUACAUACGACUCUCCUCUAGCAUACAAACUUCUCAUCGGGCUGAAUUCCAUUGUCGUAUGCCUUGCUUUUUUCAUUUAUUCUUUCUGUGCGAGAGGUUAUGACAUCGAAUGUGGCGAAGGCAGACAAGACAAUUAUCUUCAACUUGCCCUCAAUGGUUUCAGAAAUAAAAUCAAAGGUAUGUGUAUAUGUAAAAUCUUUACAGUGAAGCAUCAAGUACUAAGUCAGUUUUAUGUGGUUACUGAUUAAGCUUUGACAAGAAUGAAUAUAAUAAAAGCCCACUUUCUUUAAAUAAACGCCUCGCAUCUAGGCCUGUUUCAUACGUAGAAUUUAAUUUAAGAUUACAUAUUGAAUUCACUUCAUGAUUAUCAAUCAUCGACUACACAGAAAUAGAAACCAAGCCAAGGAUCAGAAACAAACGUCAAUUAAUUGAGGAUUAAUUCGCCACAACGACGUCGUAUAUAUGAAACGAAACGACGCACUAUGAACGUUGUUAUUCGUCUGACCAUGACGGGUAAAACGCUUGGACAAAUUUAAUUCACCCGACGAAUUUAAUUCCUUCUAUACGACGCACUAUACCGUCGCAUUUAAAUUUAGACGAUGGUGCGACGUACAUGCAGUAUGAAACAGGUCCUGGCCGAAGUUAUGUUUUCACCAGUCAAAGGAUAAAUAUAUGUAAUAAAUUUGAAAUAUCACAAACAGUCUAGUCUCAAAUAUUCGGUUUCAAAAUUGCUAUUCAGAGUUUUGUUUACUUUAUUCUAUGAAAUCACAAGCAGGAAACAAUUUACAUGUAGGUUGAAUAAUGAAAUUUAAACAUAAAAUAUCAUAAAAUAUUUCUGUAGGAAACGAUAUUAAAUGGAUAAAAAGGUCUGUUGUGCACCGAAAAGUUCUAGAAGAUCUCGUGAAAAAGUUAAAAUACAAGCCACAUACAGUCAAGACAAUCGGAGUGUACAAGGUCUGUUUUGAAGACCAUUUUCGCAUUGGAUGUGGAAGCAAUGGUACAGAAGUCUUUGUUGGCCUUGGUACAGACGGUGUUGAAGUUGCAAUAAAACGCCUGAAAUCGGACUUCAGUUAUUUAGGCGAGAACGAAAAAAACAUGAUGAAUUCGCAGAGGUUGAAAGACAAUCCCAAUGUUUUGACGUACCGUUUUCACACAGAGGGUAGGCAGUAUGUUUAUCUCAUUACCAAUUUAGAAGAGGAAAGCUUGAACCAAUUCGUACGCUCGACAGCACGUAGUCUCGACGAGUUACAAAAGAAAGGUCCUACUAUUUUAAAGCAAAUCCUGUUGG